UCAAUUUGCUCGACUAUUGAACUGCCAUUUCGCAAUUCUCGUGCUUUGCGACACGCGACUUCUAAUACGCCAUGCAGUUAAUUAUAGUGUGACGACACCGGCCUAAACAAUGCACUCGAAUCUGUGGAUAUUUAUUUGGCGCCGCAAACUCUCCUUCCUGCUAGUAGUGUCUGGCCUCGUGCUGCUGGGUCUCUGGACAUGGGCCAUACUCAUCGAUACGACCACCACGCCACCACUGCCGGUUCCCUCAGCGAAUGCUGAGGCAAGAGAGCGCCAACAGCAGCAGCAGAACCCGGGAUACCAGCAGGUCCAUAUUAUCCAGAAGCUAAUUGCCCAGGCCAACCGUGUGCUCCGCGCCGAUCGACUCAAGGACAACGCCGCCGGAGAGAAGGCGCCAACUGUCCAGCGUUUGGGCAACGUGCGAUUCCUGCGUCCCACCCAGGCCAAGAAGGCCCCACUGCCGCUGUCCGAGAGCUAUCUGUUCGAGCAGGAGCGCCUGAAGAUACUCGAACAGCAGCAGCGUCAGCGCAACGCCGGAAUGGAGGAGCUGAAUGCCAAUGCGGAGGAUGAGCGUAUGCUCAGCUCUGCCGAGCGCCAGACCCAGUACGAGCACGAUCUCCAGCGGAUGGGCGUUCCCGUGGUGGCUGGUAUCGGACCAGACGGGCCACGUUCCCCUAACGAGCGUCUCGUCCACUUGGAUCUGAAGGGGGCUCCGCCCAAGCUGAGUUUCCUCAAGCAACUGCUGCCGAUGCUCAGGGCUCUGGGUGCCACGGGGCUACUGAUCGAAUACGAGGAUAUGUUUCCCUUUACUGGAGCCCUCCAGCCGCUGGCCGCCCACAAUGCCUACAAAGAAGAUGAAUUGAGGGACUUUCUGGAGUGCGCCGCCUUGCAUGGUUUGAGUGUGAUGCCUCUGCUUCAGACCUUCGGGCAUUUGGAGUAUGUCCUGAAACUGGAGGGAUUCGAGCAGCUGCGAGAGCUGCCCGAAAGUCCCCAAUCCAUCUGCCCCAGUCAGCCGCAGAGCAUGGCCCUGCUGGAGCAGAUGCUCACCCAGGUGAUCGAGCUGCAUUUACAGUGCAUCGGCAAGGCCACCCCCUCAGCCCCGACACUGCCCAUCAAGUUCACGCACAUCCACAUCGGAUGCGAUGAGGUGCAGCGCAUGGGGGAGUGCCAGGCCUGCCGCCAGAGACUCCGGAGCGAGCUGUUCCUGUCGCACGUGAUCAGUCUCUCGCACUUUGUGCGUCGCCAGUGGCCCCAACUGGGCGUGGUCAUCUGGGAUGAUCAGCUGCGAUCGAUGUCACUCAGCGAGCUGCAGCACUCGCAGAUCGGCAGCUAUGUGGAGCCCAUGGUGUGGGUGUAUGCCAGCGAUAUCUAUCGGUUCAUCCAGCCGCAGCUGUGGGACACCUAUGCCAAGGUCUUUCCCAGUGCUUGGGUGGCCUCGGCCUACAAGGGAGCCUUCGGCGAGAGCCUGCUGGUGCCGCCGCUGCAGCAUCAUCUGGAAAAUAAUAUACGCUGGCUGGCGGUCAUCGCCAAGGAGGGCGGACGCUUUGCCAAAGGACUGCGCGGUGUGGCUCUAACCGGCUGGCAGCGAUACGAUCACUUUGCCGUCCUGUGCGAACUGCUGCCAGUGGGAAUGCCCAGCCUGAUGGUGUCGCUGUCGACUGUUUCCAAGGGUUAUUUCAGCACUAAUCCAAGGGACAACGAUCUGCUGCGCGUGCUGCAGUGCGUCUUUCAGCCGGACAGCCGGCGCUCGGGUCGCCCCUGGCUGGAACUUCAUCCGAAUGCCCAUCAUAGCCAACUGUUUGCUGUCUGCAACUAUCCCGGCCACAUGGUCUUCAAGUAUGCCCUUCGCCUGUACGACAAACUGGCCGAAGUGGGAGUCUAUCUACAGCAGACGCGCGAGCAGAGCGCCUGGCUCUCCGACUACAAUGUGAGGCACAACUUCAGCUCCCCGUUGAGAGUUCACGAGCUGAUUGCCCGAACGCCAAUACUGAUUGAGGAGCUGCGCGCAAUGGCUCGCGAGGCACAGCAGCUGCUGUGGGAGGCGUACGAUGAGUACACGGUGGCUGAAUUCGUAGAGCAGCACAUCUAUCCUACCAUCGAGGCGCUGCAGCGCCAAUUGGCCAGCGGAGCGACGCUGCUCCAACGCCGCACCUGGCCACAACGGCCGCUGCCAUUGACCCUGAGGAUACAGGAGGAUAUGGGCUUGGUCACAGAUCGCCAGCCGCACUGAGCAAACACACCGUGAUGUUGAUAACUAAUGUAUAGUGAUGGCGUUCGAAACGCCCCAAGACCCAGCAAUGGAAAAUAAGCGAUAAUUCGAAUGUUAACAGCGCUGCAGCAGGCAUUUCUCUAUCUAUCUACAUAUAUCUAUAAUUAAUAGCAUUAAAUGUUCAUUUUUUCUAGACUACUUUAUAAGCCAAAGCUCAAUUAUACAA